GCCAGCUGAUGAAAAGUCAGUGUUAUCGUUCAUCUGUCCUCGUAUGCUGUCUUUUGGGACGGUUGAGGGGUUUCGUUUGUCUUUUGUUGACCGGAACCUUUUGGCUGAAUUCGAGGCGUGCGAUAAGAACAUCGCAAUUUGCAAUGAGUUAAUGAAAGUUUACCUCCGGCUGAAGCCUUUGAAACGGUGUCAUACUUAUAGCCCAACGCCUGCCGUUCGGUGUGUCAAUCGGCGAAUGGUUGAGGCAGUCCCGCCUGAUAACCAACGGCUCGGUGUACGUGACAAAAAGGCAUCACACACGUUCACGUUUUCACAUGUUUUCGAUUCGGAGUCUACUCAGUCCUCGGUGUUCUCAAGAGUUGCUGUUGAUCAGGUCCGGAACUUCCUCGAAGGGCUUAACGGGUUGCUGUUUGCUUACGGAACCACGAGUUCUGGGAAAACGUACACGUUGCAGGGCCCUUUGGGAGAUAUGGGCAUUGUUCCACGAACUUUCUGUGCAUUGUUCCGUUCGGUCAAACACACAAUGAACCCGUCGCUCAUGCCGAAAGACUUUUCGGACGUCACCGCUCUAAGCGCACACGAAGUCGAGAAGGUAUUAAGAGAUAAGGCGACCGUUAUAAAGCUUUCAAGUAGUUUAUCUGAGGACGUAUUAAAUCUAGAGAAGGAAAGCCUCGAUUCGUUUGUCAGCACAUGUGUUUUGGACGAACCACAACCGGAUCUUGAGGUGACACCAUUUCCAGGAAUGGAUUCCAGUGAACGCAUUAGGUUCAAUAACGAUCUGAGGUUUGCUUUUUGGAUUAGCUUUGCAGAAGUCUACAACGAGCUGGUUUAUGACUUACUGGAUCCAGUUUAUUGUGUUUCUACAAUAUCAGCUGCGCAACAGCCCAACUCAUUGCGCUCGUGCUUGACUGCAGUGCCACAGAAAAACAUCUUCAGCACGAUUCCGCCUACAGGAGCCACGGAAUUCUCCGCCAAUCUUCGUAAGAAAGCACUAGACUUGAGGACGGAUAAAAAUGGGAACGUUUUUAUCAAGGGUCUGCGAAUCUACCCUGUCUCCUCAGCCGAAGAAGCACUACGGCUUGUUUUAGUUGGUCGACAAUGUCAGAAAGUGGCCGCAACACGUCUCAAUCUAGCCAGUUCUCGUUCGCACAGUAUCUUAACAAUCAAGGCUGUCAGGGUCGUGGAUAAAGAAAAUCCUAAGUUCGCACGGAUAAGUAGUUUAACGUUCUGUGAUUUGGCUGGAAGCGAGCGCACUGAAAAGGCUGCUACAGGAGGACAAGCUGUACGGGUUCGUGAGGCGGGAAAUAUCAAUACAAGUCUCCUGACUUUAGGAAGGUGCAUCGAGUGUCUGCGAUAUAACCAGGCGCAUCCGGAGAAUCCAAAACUUGUGCCCUACAGGGAUUCGAAACUUACUCGGUUAUUUCAGAGCUUUUUCACUGGUCGUGGAAAGGCUUGCAUGAUAGUUAACGUUUCACCGCAUCCUGAAUUAUUUGACGAAACUUUGCAUGCCUUGCGAUUCUCUGCUUUGGCCACUCGAAUCAUCGUUCAGCCCAAUGCCGUGGUCGAUACCACCAUUGUACAACCGAAAGCAGCUGACGAUGGUGUACCAAAGCGACCAUUCCAUAUGACACACCGCAUACGUGUAAAUGCUUCGGAAACAUCCCAGUCAAUUCAGGAAACUCCACCUACUGUCGUUCCUCAAAGGAUCCGUCCUGAUGUUAUCCCUCACAUAUCGUCCACACAGCUUGAAGGUUCGGUUGCGCGAACAAAAUCCGUGAGUGGUUUGUUUGACGAUGGGCAGCAAGAGGAAACGACGCUAUCUGCCGCUGAUGCUGCCUCGCCUCAUACACCAAUGAACACCGACGGGACCGAGCUAAUCUUGGAUGACUACACGAAAGACGAGCUGAUAUUCAUGGUUAAAGAGCUUUCUGAGCAGCUGUUUGAGGCGAAAGGGGAGCUAGUUGAACAGGAGGCGCGCCUGCGUCACGAGAUGUGCGAGGCCAUGAACAGGCAGUUAAUUGAAUUUGAACGCGUCUACGAAGAGGGACUAAAUGCACAAGAAAAAGUUGUGAUCGAGCAGUCCAACAGACGCCUGGAACAGAUUGCUCUGAGACAUACCGGUUUUUGUAAUAAAGGACGAAAGCGCCUCCAUCGGGACGACUCUACUGCCAGCAACGAUGACAGCUCUUCCUUUGAGGAGUACGAAUCGGUCAUGGAAGAACGGACCAAUGGGGACAAUCUUUGCAUCGAGUCAUCCGCUGAAAUUAAACCGACAGAUAGUCAGGAAAGCCAAACCAAUGGAUUACAAGAACGCCUUAGCGAGCUGGAGGGUGAACUCGCUGAUCAACGUGAUGUUAUCGAAAAUCUCUCAAGGGAACGGGACCAACUACGAAUGGAGGUUACUCGGUUGGAGUUUGCCUGCUCGCAGUUGCAGGUUCAACUGGAAAGCGAACAGACAGGAAAACAGAAGAAAAAAUAUGUGGACUCCAGUUCACAAACAGAUGAGACUACCCAUGACUUGCUGUCCACACCGCUGACCGUCAUCAAGGCGUCUCAUUCGGGAAAGGUUGAUGUGCAGCACAGCAUUUUCGAAGAUUCGGAAGUAAUAGUUCAUCUGCCCAAGACUAAAGACGCCGGACGAAAAUUCUUUGAUUCCUCCGUUAGUCCAGAACAACAGCAACGCCUUCUUCCGGUGAAGCCACCAGUCAGUACUCCAGAUACUGUGAUUCGCGUGCCCACAAAACAAGUGCGACCGUUGUUACAGUCUCCUAACAUCAAUGGGGAAGUGGAUGAAAAAUUGCUAGCCCUACGGUCGGAAAAUCAGCACCUCUUGGCUCGUCUAGCCGACAUGCGAAAUUGCGUUCAGAGGGCCAUAAAAGAGAAACAGGACGCGGAGUUGGAGCUUACACGUUUGCAAACAGCCUCAGUUAACGACGAAACGAAUAUCAGCCGCUUGAGUCAGGGACUGCAAUCUUUCCUCGAGCAUGAAUCACGAUUACAACAAAUGGAGACUAUGGAACAGCUACAGAGACAAGUUUACGAGCUUGAGGAGCAGUUUGCCAAAAAGCACGAUGCUCUGACGCGCACCGAAGUGGCCUAUCAGCAGAUGAAGAGUGAGAAAGAUGAGCUCACGCAACGUCUGUUGUCACAAGCGGAUGAACUUGGUCGUUUGCAUCACGAGAUUUUGGAUGCGAAAAACAGUCACCAGGAUGAACUGGAAGCCUUCAGGGAACGUAUCACCCACGAGCUGAGGGUGCAUUACGAAAAGCUGCUAGAAGAACAGCGAAUUCACUUCACUUUGCUUCAACCGAUUACCCCAGAUCAAGAGGCUGGUAUUCAGACUACCAUUUUAGAAAAUGCCCUUGAUAUCGCCGUUCAGACCAUAACUCCCACGCGCCCAAAACUGACCGAUGCAUCACUACAAGUGCAGUUUUCGAAUGCAUCUGUUGGCCUGCAGACUGAACAACCAACUGCAGAGACACUAGACUUAGGAUCGCCAAUCCCUUCAUCUGAUCAUCUCUGUAAGCAGCCUGUUGUAUUCAAGAAACCCCUACUUAAUGCUACGCGUGAUACAGUAAACCAAAACACUGGUGACACUGGAACUGUCGUGAGAAGCGACUUAACGAGGUCGACGUCCCCACAACCCAAGCCUCAGCGAAAUCUACGAUUAAGACGAAAAGCGAAUAAGUCUAAGGAUCAAGGAAACUUCAAGUCUGACCUUCCUCCGAGGUUACCAUCCCCGGUACCACUUCCACAGCUUCAUUCUGACAGUGAAUCUGAGCAUGAAGUGAAGGAAAAUCGCGCUCCGAGUUUCCGUGUUUCUGAGUCCACCUGUGAUGAUGUCGAAGAUGAUGAUGCCAUAAGUUUUACCUCUGAACCCGUCAAACCAUUGCAAAAGCAGCCGUAUUCCACUCGACGCACUCGCAGUGCUCCGAAAUCUUCGGCCGGGACCACUGCCACACGUCCUCGUCAAACCCGGUCUGCGGCAGCCACCCGGAGAUUGCCACCGCUGGCGGAGUCAACUCAACUGAUACCCGAUUCUUUUUUUCAGGACGAGCUGGAUGCGGCAACAGCCCACGUAAUGAAGCACUGCGAUCUAGCGGAAGAACGCCGUCAGUUACGACAGCCACUACGUCCACAGUUACGUCGGCGACGUUGAAUUGUCCUGUUGAUAUACCCCUCGGUCGGUAUUAUUUGUAUAGUGGCCGACCCCCUCAGUUGUAUAUAUCCCUUAAUGCCUCACUUCACGCAUCGCCCUUUUCCUCAUUUGUUCAUCAUUCGUGACGCGUACUUCAUUGUAUCUGUUACACUUUUUGUCUGUCAAGACAUAAGUUCCAAAUCCUCCUCGAACUUUAUGUCCAAAUUUUUUAGCAUACUAAAUCAAGCUGCUCUAUGUAUGGAUUGAAAACUUGUCAUGAUUUGGGUUGCUCUAAAAAUCCCAUGUAAUCCCGUUUUUACACUUCAGCUUUACCUUCAGCUUCUGAUACAUUCUCACAAGCACUUUUACUCUCUUGUUCGGCGGGAUAGCUUCUAAAUUUUUUCCGGUAUAAAUGUUAAAGGAAGGUGAAUCGGG